AUGAAAAGGAUUGAGCAAUCCGGAUUGAAACUCAACAAAGUAAAAUGCAAGUUCCGUAAACCGCGACUCCGGUAUGUAGGUCAUAAGUUCGAUAAAGUUGGCGUCAGCGCAGACGAGGAGAAAAUCCAGGCGAUUAUGGAGUUGGAUGCACCCGAAAACGUAUCAGAAUUGAGACGGGUGUUGGGCAUGAUAAGAUACCUUGGGCGAUAUCUUCCCAACCUUGCCACUGUCGUGGAACCAAUGAAUGAACUCUUGCAAAAGGAUCGCGAAUUCUCAUGGGGACCGCAACAGGGUGAGGCUUUCCGCCGAAUAAAAGCCCUUGUUUGCGAUAGUCCAGUUCUAGCGUACUAUGAUGUCAACAAACCUACGGUAGUCAGUAGUGACACGAGCAGCUAUGGAGUCGGCGGAAUGAUAAUGCAAAGACACGGUGAAGAGUUAAAACCAGUGCGUUCUGCUCUGGGACACUCACAACUGCAGAACGCAAUUAUGCGCAGAUUGAAAAAGAGUGUUUUGCUGCCACCUGGACAUGUGAGAAAUUCCGCAGAUAUUUACAAGGACUAG